AUGUCUAGGUUUAUGCAAAGGGGAAGAGAUCAGACCUCGUAUUCGACCUUGUGCUUCUCUGAUUCUUCGAGAAGGACAUCAUCGGACCCCCUCGUCGCCUGGAAUCGCCACGUAGAGACCAUCUUCGCCGCGUUCUUUCGGUCGCUCCCUGCCGUGACUUUUCGCCGGGAGUGCUUGAGGACAAAAGACAAUGGGGCCGUCGCCCUCGAUUGGGUCUCAGCUGAUGAUCGCCAGCUGCCCUUUGAAUCCCCGGUGCUAAUUCUACUGCCUGGUCUAACAGGAGGAAGUGAUGACACAUAUGUGAGACAUAUGCUUAUGCGAGCACGAAAUAAAGGCUGGCGGGUUGUUGUAUUUAAUAGCCGUGGCUGUGCAAAUAGUCCAGUUACAACUCCUCAGGGAUGCCUAUUUGAAUUCAGAUUAUAGUUGUCCUACUCGACAUAAUGCAUCCAAUUCAGAGAGAAUCCAAACUGAUUUUCCAUCUGGUAAGAUUGUAAUGAGGGCUGAUGAUAUUCUCAAUAACACUUCGAGCAUUCCUCAAUGGUGGCACACAGCAUUAACUGAAAAGGGGCAACAAUUUGA